AAAGAAGAAAAAUUUAUCAUAGCCGCAUCCAAUGUCUUUUUGCUAAAUACCUGUAGAAUACAAGUUACAAGCAUUUUCUUAUUAUUCCUCAUCUUUAGAAGGAAUGCUACAGAACUGAAAAAGACAUAGAACUGAAAAGACAGACCUGAUUGAACAGACCAAACGGACAAAGGAGAAUUGCGAAGGACAAGCACAGAUUGAUAUUAGAUGGCUGGUGUUCUAUCGAGAUCACAAGUUUCAGAAGAUAUUCAAGAUUAUUUUCGCAAAGACAGAGGAAGAAAUCCAGGAAAUAACCAUACAUCUGUAAACACGUCACGCAAUAAAUCACCAAGAAACAGAGACAAUCCGUCAAAAUGCGAUUCCUUGGGAAUACUGAUUGACAAACCAAAACACAAACAGUAUAGUACUCUUCAGACCCGAAUUGCUUCAUUCGAAAAUUGGCCACAGGAUAAAACACAAGAGGUAAGGCAGUUAGCUGAAGCUGGAUUUGGGUAUACAGGAGUAGACGACUCUGUUAGAUGUUUUUAUUGCAGUAUAGGACUAAAAGAUUGGCCAGAAGGAGCUUGUCCCUGGGAACAACAUGUUCUAGCCAGCCCAGAUUGUGGUCACGUGAUUCAGUGUAAAGGUAAAGGGUAUAUCAGAAAAAUUCUAGGAGAAAAAGACCAAGACUCUGAUGUUGACGUGGACGAUUCAGACGAAGUAGUGGAUACUGUACAGCUAGCUAUAAAUAGAAACGAAGGUGCUGUUAUUGCUGCAAGAGAAUAUUGUACAGAUGAAGAUAUCUUAAAAAGGGCAAUAAAAACAUUGAUCAAGCAAGACGCACAGAAACAAUUCUCAGCUGUCGAACUUGUAAAAGUUGUUCAAAAUAUUGAAGAAACAAACGAAAAUACAAACGUAUCAGAGGAGCUUUCCGAAGACGAAGAGCAAGACAAUAUAGAAACAGACGGAGAAGGUUCUGAAUCAGAAGAAGAUAUGGAAGAAACAAACAGAAAAUUAAAAGAACCAGUAACGUGUAAAAUAUGAUAUGAUGCAAUUGCAUGUAUUAUUACGUUACCCUGCGGCCACAUGGUUUGUUGCGCUCAAUGUAUCCCAGCACUAACAAAAUGCGCAGUUUGUAGGACCCAAAUAAAAGGCACCGUCCGAGCCCUGAUGGCCGUUUGAAGUAAUGUACUAAUACAUGUAACUGCCUGACGUUUGCCGACAACAGAAGCUUUUCAUAUGACUGUCUUUCAUUUGCAGUUCACAUGAUUCUUAUAGUUUGAGCGCCUCUUUCUUUUCACAAAAUGUUGUGUGCUUUUCACGUAUCUAUUUUACUUCAAACUCGUGGAUAUAAUUUAAGUAAGUAUUUAUGGUAGUAUUAACAUUCUCUGAAUGGGACUGGUUUCCCUUAUAUCUGUAUGUGAUAUCUAAAGUAUAUGAUAAAUGAAAAAUUGAGUUAGACUAUGAAUUAUAAAUUGUUUAAUCAGAAAACUUGUCCACAUGAACGACUGUUAAACAAAAAUUAAUGUAUAAUACUGGACGUUAAUUUCACUUUAAAUUAAACUGUUUUCACAAACUCAUUUUAACUUAUAUACAUGUAAUUAUAAAAAAAUUCAAAAUCUGCCUACAGUUGUUUGCA